AUGACUUUAAUAUCCCCCAAAUCACCUUUAAGAAAUGAUAUUCAGACAAACACUAAUUCACAGUAUGGCACCAUUCGGAGACAAUCAAUCAAUAGUACAAACUCGAAUUCAAAUCAAUUAAAAAACGUUCUUAAUAAUAAUAAUAAUAAAAAUAACAAUAUCAACCAAAAUACCAAUUCAAAAAAUAAAAUUAGUAAUAAAUAUAUCGAUAGCGUAUUCGAUCCGAAUACAAUGGAUGACCAUGAUAUGAAUCAAAAUAUUACAAUCACGCACAGGAUCAGAAAAACUUAUGAUGACGGUGAGAAUGAGUUAACUUUCUAUCAAUUGAUUCAAUAUUAUUUACCAUGUUUAAGAUGGCUACCUAUUUAUAAUUGUUCAGAUUUCUUUAGUGAUUGCAUAUCUGGAAUAUCUCUAGCAUCUUUUCAGAUUCCACUAGCAUUAUCUUAUGCAACUUCGAUUGCUCAUGUUAAACCGUUAUGUGGUUUAUAUUCAUUAGCUAUUACUCCAGUAAUUUAUGGUAUAUUAGGUUCUGUUCCACCAAUGAUCGUUGGACCUGAAGGUGCGAUUUCUUUGGUUGUAGGCCAAGCUGUGGAUAAAUUGCAUGGCAGUUAUAAUCUUUCAAGCCAAGAAGAUGACCACAUCUCAAGAAUGAAUAUAUCUGUGACUAUAACUUUUUUAAGUGGAUUAGUUUUAUUUAUUUGUGGAUUGUUGAGGUUAGGAUUUUUGGGGAGUGUUUUAAGUAAACCCUUAUUAAGAAGCUUUAUUAGCUCUGUAGGUGGCGUAAUGGUAAUUGACGCUUUAAUUACUGAAAUGAAGUUGAACUGCAUCCUAAUUGACAAUGAUCGGCAUUAUCACACAGCAUUUGAGAAAAUUAUGUUUAUAAUAAAAUAUGCACCAAAUAAUUUCCAUAAACCGACUACCGUAUUGAGCGUUGUCUGUUUUUCCAUAUUAUAUUUUGUCAGAUACUGCAAAAAGAAAUAUAUCAUAAAACAUAAGUCUUUAAUUUUCUUACCUGAAAUACUAAUCGUCGUUAUUUCAACCGGCAUAUUAUCAGCAAGUUAUAAUUUUAAAGAUAAUUAUGGAAUUAGUAUAAUCGGCGAUGUCAACUCAAAUAAUUCUAAUUUAAUUGCAGGAAACUUACAAAAUCCCUUAAGCAGUAGUAAUAAAGAACUAUUCCCAAUUUUGAUGAACACUGGUUUUGCUAUAGCUGCAUUAGGGUUUUUUGAAUCUACAACUGCUUCGAAAUCAUUGGGAACAAAAUUUGAAUUAUCUAUUUCUUCAAAUAGAGAGUUAGUUGCAUUAGGUGUUAUGAAUUUAACAGCUUCACUCUUAGGAGGUUUGCCGUCAUUUGGAGGAUACGGAAGAUCAAAAAUAAACGCAUUUUCUGGUGCCAAAACUGUAAUGUCUGGUGUUGUUAUGGGUGGAAUCACUGUACUGACGAUUAAAUUUUUAUUAAACUACAUACAUUUCAUCCCAACCUGUGUUUUGUCAGUAAUAACAACAAUCGUAGGUUUAAGUUUAAUCGAGGAAGCACCAGGUGAAGUGAAAUUUCAUUGGAGAUGCAAGGGUUAUAAUGAAUUGAUCAUAUUUUUUAUGACUGCUUGUGGAACUAUCUUUUUUUCAGUAGAAGUGGGGAUAAUAAUUGGAUGUAGCUAUUCGAUAAUCAGCAUAAUCAAAUUUUCUGCUAAAUCAAGAAUACAAAUUCUUGGCAGAAUACCUGGUAGUAGAAACUUUGUCAAUAUCGAUGAUUAUUUCGAAGAUACUGACAAUUACAGAUCAGGAACCUCGAUUACUAAGUGCAGCAGUUCAACCAUGUUACAUACUAUUGAUGAUUCUCCACUAUCAAUUUUAGAAGAAAUUGAAGGAUGUAUAAUAGUGAAAGUACCAGAACCACUUACAUUUACAAACACAGAGGAUCUCAAAGAACGUUUAAGCCGCUUGGAGAGGUUUGGAUCAACCAACGCACACCCUGCUAGUGCAGGGAAAAGAUCACCUCACCCAACAAAGUAUGUUAUAUUUGAUUUAAAUGGUAUGACAUAUCUGGAUUCUUCCGCAUCUCAAAUUCUUAUUGAAAUAAUUGAAAAUUACCAUAAACAUAACGUAGACGUAUUACUUUGCCGGAUAUCAAAUGAUAAACAUGUUAGAGAAAUGUUGGAGAAAUCAAAUAUUAUAAAACUUGUCCUUCCAAAUACCCCAAACAAUAAUAGGCUUCAAAUUGGAAGCGUGAACUUUUCAUCUUUCUUAAGUUUAGAAUCGGCGUUGACAUAUAUUGAAAUGAAAGAUAAUGCCUUAUCCAGCAUGGAUGAAGUUAGUGAAUCUGAAAGUUUUAUGUCUUCAACGUACGUAAAUGCUAACCUAGUUUAG